AUGAGCGUUCCCCGUAGUUUGUUCGCCAGCGCGCGAGCAUCACGAACCGCAACCACUACUCGAUGCUUCGCCAAGAGACCAUCUCAGACUUUGCUGCUGUUUGCGAGGCAGCAGUCGAACCAAGCUACUAGACAGCUGCACCAGCAGACACCACGGAAAGCCCAACACGCCGCUGCCGCCCAAGAAGUCGAAUCUUCAAACCCCGCCCUAUCCUUCCCAUGCCUCGACGCGCACGAAUCUCGCUCUGCGUCUCUCUCAAGAAAACGAGCGUCCUCAGGGCCCGAGCCCUCGUAUACCUCCGGACACACGCUAAACUUCCAUUCGACCCAGCCUAUUCUGCUCGACUGGGGCGGCAUACUGCCAGAGUUCAACAUCGCAUAUGAAACGUGGGGGCAGCUGGACUCCAACAAGAGCAAUGCCAUCUUGCUGCACACUGGAUUAUCCGCAUCUAGUCAUGCCCACAGCACAGAGACGAAUACGAAGCCAGGGUGGUGGGAGAAGUUCAUUGGGCCUGGGAAGCCUCUAGACACCAACAAGUAUUUCGUCAUCUGCACAAAUGUCAUUGGAGGCUGCUACGGCUCGACUGGGCCUUCUUCGAUCGACCCCGCGAACGGCGAGCGUUACGCGACUCGAUUUCCGAUUCUUACAAUGGAGGACAUGGUACGCGCGCAGUUCCGACUACUGGAUAACCUCGGCAUACAGAAGCUGUACGCGAGUGUAGGAUCGAGCAUGGGUGGCAUGCAGAGUCUGGCAGCUGGAACGCUUUUCCCGGAACGGGUGGGCCGUCUCGUUAGCAUCAGCGGAUGUGCGCGCAGCCACCCAUACAGUAUCGCCAUGAGACACACUCAGCGGCAAGUACUCAUGAUGGACCCCAACUGGGCUCGCGGUUUUUACUAUGACGGUAUUCCUCCACACGGCGGUAUGAAGCUUGCCCGAGAAAUCGCUACAGUCACGUAUCGGAGUGGUCCCGAAUGGGAGCAGCGAUUUGGCCGCCGGCGUGCCGAUCCUUCGCGACCACCUGCUCUCUGCCCCGACUUCCUCAUUGAAACAUACCUCGAUCAUGCGGGAGAAAAAUGGUGUCUGGAGUACGAUCCAAACAGCUUGCUCUACGUUUCGAAGGCUAUGGAUCUAUUCGAUCUGGGACAAGAGCACCGUAACCGCAUCAACGAGGUGCGCAAGGCGAACAGCGGUAAAAUGCAGGCAUACUUGGACGGCCAUGAUAUCACAUCCGACACCAGCAGCGACGUCUGCAGUCUGACUUUGCCUGAUCAGCCCUAUGAGGAGAAGGAGCAGCCCGCCGACAUCGAUGCUGUAGCUCAGACUGACGGAAACGAACCACCGGCCGACCUCGUGGCAGGUCUGAAGCCACUCGCGAAUACUCCAACUCUUGUUCUAGGUGUCGCCAGUGAUAUUCUUUUCCCUGCUUGGCAGCAAAAGGAAAUUGCAACGACACUCAAGCGCACUGGCAACAAGAACGUCACGCACAUCGAGCUUGGAGAGGAGAAGAGCUUAUUCGGCCAUGACACGUUCUUGCUAGAUCUUCAGAACGUCGGAGGUGCUGUCCAGAACUUCCUGGGAUGA